AGUGAAAAUCUUCUGCUGGAGCCCAGCCUGGGGUGGCCCAGCAUGGAGGCAGCCACAAUUCUGGAGGUGGCUUCAGGCUCCAAGCUGCAGGUAGAAAAAGCCAGCCCUGCAGAUACUGAACAGCCUGAGGCUUCCCUGAAACAGUGGGUGGGCAGUCCCACUCCCCAGCUCCUGCCCACUGUGGAAGUGCACCCCAAGAUCUGGCUACCUCGGGCCCUGAGGCAGACGUACAUCCGGAAGGUUGGGGACACAGUGAACCUACUAAUCCCAUUCCAGGGCAAGCCCAAACCUCGAGCCACUUGGACACACAAUGGUUGUGCCUUGGACACCCGUCGUGUGAGUGUGCGGAAUGGGGAGCAAGACUCCAUCCUCUUCAUCAGAGAAGCCCAACGUGCUGAUUCGGGCCACUACCAACUCUGUGUGCAGCUGGGUGGGCUGGAGGCCACUGCCACCAUUGAUAUCCUGGUGAUUGAGAGGCCAGGCCCUCCUCAGAGUAUUAAGUUGGUGGACGUCUGGGGCUCCAACGCUACCCUGGAAUGGACACCUCCCCAAGAUACGGGCAACACGACACUUCUGGGAUACACAGUGCAGAAGGCUGACACAAAAUCUGGGCUGUGGUUCACAGUGCUGGAGCAAUAUCACCGCAACAGCUGCAUUGUCUCCGACCUCAUUGUGGGCAACUCAUAUGCCUUUCGUGUCUUUGCUGAAAACCAGUGUGGACUCAGUGAAACAGCCCCCGUCACUGCUGACCUUGCCCACAUCCAGAAAGCAGCUACUGUUUACAAGACCAAGGGGUUUGCCCAGCGGGACUUCUCUGAAGCCCCAAGGUUUACCCAGCCUCUGGCAGACUGCACUACAAUCACUGGCUAUGAUGCCCAGCUCUUCUGCUGCGUCCGCGCCUCUCCCAGGCCCAAGAUCAUCUGGCUGAAGAACAAGAUGGAUAUCCAAGGCAACCCCAAAUACAGAGCCCUCAGUCACCUGGGGAUCUGCUCCCUAGAAAUCCGCAAGCCUGGUCCCUUUGACGGAGGCAUUUAUACCUGCAAGGCAGUGAACGCCCUGGGGGAGGCAUCUGUGGACUGUCGGGUGGAUGUGAAAACCAGAGCCCAGGGAUGA